AUGGGUGUCUGCGUGCACGAAGGCCAGCUCCACGCACUGACUGAGUUCAUGGAGGGCGGUUCAUUGGAACAGCUUAUCCUCAGCAGACCACCUGAGCCUCUGCCGCAACCGUUGCGCGUGUCGCUGGCCGCAGACAUGGCUGAGGGUCUGAUGUAUCUGCAUUCUCUUGGCGUCUUCCACAGGGAUCUUACUUCUAAGAAUGUAUUAUUAAGAAAAAAUGCCGAUGGUGAAUACAUAGCAGUGGUCGCCGACUUUGGUUUGGCGGCGAAAAUACCUCAUCCGAUUAAUGGAUAUCGCUUACCAAGUGUGGGAUCACCUUGGUGGAUGUCCCCCGAAUGCCUUCGUGGCCGCUGGUACGACCACCGAUCUGAUAUUUUCUCCUACGGGAUCAUACUGUGCCAACUUAUCGCCAGAGUGGACGCAGACCCGGACGUUCUCCCUCGUACGGAUAACUUCGGUCUGAACUACAUGGCGUUUGUGGAACUCUGUGACGAGUACACUGUCCCAGACUUCCUACGAUUGGCCUUCAACUGCUGCAUUUACGAGCCCAAGGCGCGACCACUAUUCCCCGAGAUAGUGAGCAAGUUGGCCGAGAUUAAGGAAGGCCUAGAUGACACAGCAUGGGGCUGCCAUGCCUCCACUAACACUUAUGACAGUGAGGAGGCGGACGCAUCCUGCGGUCGUACGUACUCGUCGUGGGCGUGGCGUCGGCCUUUACGGAUGCGUUCGGAGACAGGCACGCACCCACACAGAGAUACACGUAGCGCAGCCCACCGACGCUCGUUAUCCGAGCUGGAAUGCAUGUCUCGCGUGUCUCCCCUCUCUCCCCCUCAUCGCUCAGCCUGCGCCCUCGACCCCGCACCCCCCGCCCCUCCCUCCCUCGCUCGUCUUCAUCGUCUCGCCCACAUAAUGCUCCUACGGGACACCCACGCGGCUCCCCGACCCGCGAAGCGGGCAUUACAUACCUUCCGUGGAGUCCACAAAAUACUGGAAUCAAAUCCUCCUCGAGGGGGCUCCGGAACCCCCCCGGAAUCGAUGCUCCAUAGGAAACAGAAGCUGAGCGACUCGGAACUAAAACGCCGCGGAUCGUGCGAGAGCGGGAUAUUCUCGGUGGCCAAUGAGGACUUUGGACACGCGAGUUAUGGCGCCAUGUGCCCAUGCUCGCUAAUGGGAUGUCAUAGAUGUUGGUGGUGGCGUCGCGAAUCCAGUGAACGUUCGGGCGACGAGUUCGAGGAACAGCCCCGUGUACGGGUUUGCACGGACUGCCUCGUCCUAUACGAGCGGGUGUUGCGACGUCGGCCGACGUUGCCCGACGACUCCGCCCUUUCCACCACAGUGAGUUCCCUCCGCAGCCUCGACGAUGAGGAGUCCGUCCGAGAAAACGACGCCUCUCCUUUCCUCUGCGGCCUCCUCGACACGGAGGAGACCGAGCGGGAGUACCACGUCCUGACGAAGUGCUGCUGCGUCGGCCGCGUGCAGUGUUCCCAUCGUCCCCUGGACGAGGACGAACUCAACCGCGUCCUCCCGAGGGUCCUCAACUUUCCUUCCCAUCUCUUCUCCUGCAAGCGCACCUCGAGCGUCUACACGGACAGUUCGGAGGACGUCGCUUCCCUCGGCUCCGACAUUUACGACGACCGGAUCCCUCGACACGUCAGAUCCGCGCAAAUAUCCAAAAUCGUCGAGUACUUCGAACGAAAAGGCGCCGACUUCAAGUGCGAGUUCAAGGGGCAGAGGGUCAAAAUGAGCAACUUUGGCAAGUUCGGCAAGGAGAAGGCCGAGAAGGAAUACUUCGUCGACGUCAAGCACAGAAGCGCGGGGAGUCGGAUGGAAGUGGUGGGGGAAGAAGGGUGCGGGAGGAAAUGCGUCGCCCAGAGACUGAUGAUCUGCGAAGGAGCCGUCAAAUCGAAACUGCCACUCUUCGAUAAAAAGUCAUAA